GAAUAGUCAGAUGCCAUUAUUUUUUCGGGAAAAAGUGAGAAAAGCAGACUAGAGAAGGAGUUGAGUAGAAAAGGCGCAAUUCUGCAGAUUGGACUGAUUAAUUGCUGGUGAUUAAUUCAUUCCAACUAAAAUAUGGAUUGGACAUCAAAGGUAUUAUUUCAGAUAACAUUGUUGGCUACUUUGUGUGAAGUGUAUUGUGUUAGGUUGAAUCCUUUUACUGGAUUUUCUGAUAAUUAUGAACCCUUAACAGAUUUCAGUAUUAAUCAAGGAGCAUACCUUCCAAACAUGCCAAUGCUGUCUAUUUAUCCAAAAAUAAACGACGACAGUCUGAAUACUAUGAUCGGACUUCCAUCACUAAAUUCGCAAAUGCUUUCAUUUUCGAACCCUUUGUUGCCUUCACUGUCCCAAACAUCCAUUUCAAGACCUCCAUCUAACCAAAACAAAGUGAAAAACAACCGGAACAACAAUCAAAGAUCUCCGAAUUCUAAUUCACAACAGAACCAGAGAACCGGACCUCAGAAAAAUCGUGCUGUAACCUUAGACGUGAGAGGAGGUGGAUACAAACUGGAACAGAAGCAAAACAAUAGACCUUACAAAGCCCCUGUUGCUGCAGGUUCUGUUAGGAAUACACAGAGACCCAACAGCAAUAGCAAUAAUAACAGAAACGGUGGAAGGAAUCCUGGAAGACCCAAUAACAUGCCACCAAGAAAUAGGAAACCUAAUAAUCAACGACCAAGAGGACCCACAAUGAAAAAUCCUCACUACAAUAUGAAAUUUGAAACUUCCUUGCCUUCUAUGCCACCAAAUGUCGAAUUCGUCAGCCCAGAAAAUGUUCUACCUUUCCAUCCUCGCAUCUACAAACAAUUUUUACAGCAGAAUAAGCAAUUUGGUUCUUUCUUACAAAACAUGGAGAAAAUGAAUCCACCGAAAGCAAAGCCACAAAACAACAGAAAUUUCGGAGGACCACCUUUCCCUGGAAACGGACGCAAUCCUGGAAAACAGCUGCCUUCAAAGAUGACAAGAAAUAGAGGAAAUCAAAUGAGUUCUUCGUUUGCACAGUCCUCCCAAUUUUCAAAUUUUGCUCCAAACUUCCAAACGCCUGGUGGUCAGACACCUGGUUCAGAAAUGCCACCUCAAUUUAAUUUCCUACAGAAGCAAAACGCAGGAAAAUUAUUCAAUCCGCCAUUUGAUGCCAAUUUUUUUAAUCAGGACACAAACUUCUUCUCUUCGUUUGGUCAAACAAGCGGAGGAUCCCCAGUUCUGAACCAAUUUCAACAGCAACAGCAGAUAGGAAAUCAAGGCAAACUCCCUAAUAUGCAGCCCCAAGGUCCUCCAGUAGCAAAUAUACCAUCAACUAAUACUUAUCAAAAUUCAAAACCGCCAUCAUUUGGCAAUUCUAAUCCAUCUUAUCCAGGAGCAGUUGAAUCUCCAGCUAUUGAAAGUGGAAUGCCUGCUUCAUUCGGUAAUUUCUUCGGAAGCAACCAAGGAAUGGCACAAUAUGACGGAAACAAUAUGCAAUCGAAUACAAAGAUCCCCGACAAGGAAUUCCAACAAAUGGUGCAAUAUUAUCAGCAACUGCAACAACAAUCUUCAGCCCCACCUAGGCAAUACCCAGCACCUCCCAGCCCCUUAGGGUCAGCAUCGUUUAGUGAAUCUCCCCAAUCAUCAUCAUUAAUAUCAAAUUACCCUCCAACGCAACAAUUUCCAAAUUUAUCUGAACAGACCAAUCCAUACAAUGAAUAUCAAUUCAUGCAGGAUUCAUCUCAUCAAAAUGCGCAAACCCAGAUACCUGGUGGGCAAUCUUUGUCAUAUGGCAAGAACGCAAAUCUCCCGUAUGAAGACAGUGUCCUCCCCAGUCGCUAUCAAGCUAAUCAGGAUCAAGUAAAAAGCCAACUUUCAGACAUCCAUGACCAGACAGACUACACAAUGCCCCCGUUUUCACCUGUAGAUCCCCUAGCUUCAGCUAUAGACGGCAGCCAUCAAGAUAUACAGGAUUAUUAUGGAUAUCAACAAGUGUCCUCUAAUCAUAAGCCGUCGCUUUAUUCAAAUGAACAAAUAGCGCAAAAUGGAGGCUCUUCAGGUAUGCGCGAAAUUUCCCCUUAUUCAGAAGAAAAAAAUUCUCCGGAAUAUGAAACGCCUUUAAAAGAUAGCAAUUCCAAAUCAAUCAGUGAAGAGUCAACAGCCGGAUACAUGACGCCAGAACAACUCUUUGCUCCCCAUUCGACGGGUUUACAGAGUGAAAGCAAGUUUGUCUUAUCUUCUAGCCAUGGCGAAUCAAAACCGUCCAAGGAUUCUCUGGAAGCAGAAGCAUCAGGAUCAUCGGUGAAUGAAAAGCACGAAGGCAGCGAAAGAGCCGCUCUCCAUCUCCCAGAGGAAGUAUCGAUCUAUGUGGCGAGACAGACCGACAGUCCGUACCUCUACGAGUUCACAGAAGCUUACGACCCCUUCUCUUUCGAAGCGAAUGAGAAGGUGAAGAUUGAAAGCGAAUCUUCGAAACAGAAUGACCAGACAGACAGCUUCGAUGAAACGGAGUCCGAUGAGAAAAUAAACCAGAGCAUCAAAGAAUUUCAAAAGCUUCUGACGAAAGCACCGAAAAGCAGUUACAUGGUCCAACCAACCGAAUCGACUUCAGCUUCCACUACAUCUCAAACGACCACAACUAGGAUCCCAGUUUACAAAAAGGCUUCGGAUGCAGAAGCUGAAGAGAUGAAAAACCACAAGACAACCCAUUCCUACAUGUUCCAGUACGCCCCGGCCGAAAGAUCAAAUACCAAAGCCAACCCCAUCUGGAAUAUUCGAAAGUCGAACGCAUCGCGCUACCACUUGCUGCUACCAGAAACAAAGCCCCAGAUUACUACGACGGCUGCUCCAACCACCACAACCACACCGCUGCCGACAAGCUCAUCAACCGCUGUUGCCACUCCAUCAUACUACCAUGAGCCCGAGACACCUGCUUGCGCGCGAUACAACAACUUGACUUACUGUCUACAAGAUACAGAGUAUCCAAAAGAUGAUAUAAAACGGGCUAUAGAGAAGAACAGGCAUCCCCUCGACCACUUCUUGAUAGACAUCAGCGCUUCUUCCGACGUCAUAGACGACAGCCUCAACAAAGUAUUCGAGAACUCGGUCCCUCUCCAAUCCACGUCGGUCUCCUACUCUUACGAAGGAAAGGCGAUUUCCCCCUCCAAAGGCGAAGUGAACAACACUGCUGGCUGUAUUUCUAAUGUCCAGUACGCCAAGCCACUCAGAGCCAUCAACACAGCAGGGUUGUGGAAGAUCAUCGUGAACGUGGAGUUUGAAGAAACAGGGGCGAACUACACUCAAACGGUCAGGAUAGAAGAAUGCAGCCAUACAACUGGAUAUGUUGCCACCUGUGGAACUGAAACCAUAUCCGCUUGUUUGCAGCAAUAUAAAUUAUACAGAUUAUUAGCAUGGGAGCCUAAUCGAGGAUUUUACAUUGACGCUUUCUUGCUUCCAAUCUCCUGUUUCUGCGGCAGUCAACAAUCUUGAUGACGAAUAACCUGUACUAGACAAAUCAACUUUCAAAAGUUUGUUACUUAUAAACUCACAUCUUAUAUUCGUUUUGCUGGAUUGUUACGAUUAUGCAUGCAUGGAUUUUGUAAAUUAUUUAAAAUAUUCAUAACAAGCUAAAUGAAUCAAAUUCACUUUUUUCUUUAAAAAAAAGUCUCAUUGUCAUUAAACAGUCAAUGCAUUGCGACCAUUAUACAUUUUAGCAUUUACUUUUAACUUUUACAAUUGCUUUGAAGUAAUUUUAUGAAGUUAAGAAAAGAAAACUAUUUCGGAAGUUUAAUCAUCUAAAUUAAAAUACUAUAUAUAUAUAUAUAUAUGAAAGUCUUUUGCUUACUAUGAAGGAGAAAUUAACAAAUGUAUUCAAGAUCCUUUUCAGCUAUAGAAGAAUAGAAUCGAGUGUUUGAGCUUCCCCAAGAAAAUGAAUGCCAUACACAAUGGCUGGUUUCAUUGUGAAAUUAAUAAUUGUCAUGUUCUGUCCUUUUCGUUUCAAUCAAUUCUUCACUGAAAAUUCCAAAUGUAAUGUGUUUUUCAUUUCGCUUUAGACUGAAGAGCUGGUUCCUCUUUUCAGAAACAAAUCAUUUCACAAGAUGUGUACAGUUAGAAUAACAUUAAAUGUAUCCUUCAUUUUCAAAAAAUUAAGCAUACUAUAUCAAAAGAAUUUUUGUGAAAAUUAAAAUGUAUUUUAAAAAAUCUGAAUCUAAAUAAGGAAUGAUUUAACCUACAUUUAUUGAAAUCAUUUGUUUAGCCUUUUUUUUUUUGAGAGAGAGAGAAAUGUAGAAGCAAAUGGUUCAUUAAUCAAAUUAUAGCAGAAUGAACUGUAUAUUAUUUAAAACAUAGAAAAUUUUAACAUAUUUGUUAUAAAAAAUUAUAAUAUGUACUUAAAUGUGACUAUAUUUUUUAA